UGCCUCUGGAGCAAGAUCUAUCUGGAGUCAGUGCAGGAUCGUAACACCAUGAAAGCUCUUGGAAGAACCCGUGGAGCACCAUCUCAUUGCUGGUGUCCUGCUGAAAGGCAGAGGCACUGCUGAGUGUAUUGGGAUAUAGGGGGGGAGGGGAGCCCUGGGCAACAGACAGGGCUCAGCUGGGGAGCUGGGACACAGGGGCUGCUCUAGGGCCUCAGGACCUGUCCUCUCUUGCAAGUGCUGUGCAAGUGUCUGUGUGUUCCCAGCUUGGCCCCAGAACACCACACCUGGGAGAAGGAUACCUGUGAAAUGGAUCCUAAACUGCUGGAUCUCCCACUCGCAGUCAAGAUCCCUGUGUUUCCUGGAUCCAAGCCUGUCUUGUGCAGGGCAAAACUGGGGGAAAAGCUUCAUCGGCCAUUUCCUUAUUUCACCCUGGAUGAUCCCUACAACCACCACCUCACUAUACAAUACAACUGCCUGCAUGACCCCCUCCUGCGGGACUACCACCAUCGCAAGGAUGUCCUGAAGUUGCUGAGGAGACAGGGCUUUGUCACCCGUGACAAUAAUGGAAGGACUCAGCCACCCCCGGCCAAAUCAAAGCAUGGCCCCAAACGGCCCGGAACCACCAACACUUCCCGCCAGGCGGAGCAGCGGCUGAAGGCUCAAAAACCAUCUUGCCCACCUCAGCCCAAGAACAGGAAGACUCCCCUCAAAUCGGGCCAAAUCUACUCCAGAGCUGGGCUGGGCCAGGAAGGUGCCAAGAAGAGCACUCGUGCUCAAUCCCAGAGGAAGCCAGACACUGCUGCCAGCGGCCUGUUUGAGCAAUCAACAGAAGCCCAGAAGCUUGAAGAGCUGGCUGAGACUGUGGUGCGAAAAGUGUUGGAGAGGUUGAAGGUUCCCAGGGAUAAGCGUGUCAGCUGUCUAAGGAGGAUUGCGCAGGCGAUCAGAGGAAGAUUUUUUGGCAGCUGCAUGAGAGUAGAGCUUUCGGAUUCUUCUGUAGAUCACCGUGAUGAAAUGGAAGCGGUGGCCACAGAGCUUGUAGCGACUGUGCUGGAGAUCUUGGGGGAGCGUCUGGCAUCCAGCACGUCCAAAGCUCCUGAGCCAGAGGCAGCAGCCAGGCAGAAGGAGCAGCCUGUUGAUGGAGGAGCCACCCAAGCAGGCGAAUCCAAGGAAAAUGAAAUAGCCACUUUGGACAUAGCAUCUGCACAGUCUUCCCUUGACAAACUCACCAGAGAAGUUGUUGAGAGUGUUCACUGCACCUUGCAAUCCUUUGCAGCUUCUCAGUUUGAACAAGACUCUACUUGUGAGCACACUGAAAUUCUGGAGCUUCCCGGGGGAAACGACUCCAACAGAGAGCUGCAGCCAGGAUUCCCUGGAGCAUCUGAACAGCAGAACCUGGAAGCAAGCACAGGAGUGAAGUUGCCUGCCUUAGAACCACAGCAGCGUGUAAAAGGGACCGGCCGUGCCAAAACCGUGGAGCCUGAGGGUCUUGCAACAGUGGAGGAGAACUUGGAGAAAAAAAUGAAUCUGGAGUCAACCGCCUUAGCUGACUCUUUGGAUAUAAGGUCCAUGGCAGAUCGGAUUGUUGACUCGGUGUUAGAGCGGAUGAACGAGCCUGAGGCUGCACUGACCACCCAACAGGAUUGCAAAGGGCCUGUGGCAAACCCCCGGAUUUCCCGCCAGCCCGUCCCUCCGGCGGGGCCGAAGCCCCCUGCCCAGGCCGGAGCACGGCACAGAGCUGUGCACCCACAGCCCAUCUGAGGAGAGCGAGGUGUGUGGCAGGAGAGGUGAAGAGCCCCCGGACAGCAAACACAGACCCACACCCUUGUUUAGCCAAUAAAGAGUUU